AUGCAUCAACAUGGCACUGCUACCAGUUAUCUUAUUAUCACUCAGGGUGAGUCCAUUUAUGCAUGUUGAGCACUUGAUGGCAAGAUCUAGAAAUGACUGGUAUGUCUGCAACAGACACUCCUGAAUCUUUCAUCCUGCCUCAGAGCAAACAGAGGACACAGUGAUUUGGGUCCAAUGGGGCAACCAUAAGAGGGAGUCCAAAUUUCUGCUGAUCCCCUCUUCCCACCACAGCAUCCCACAUAUGUCACAUCCUUUCUGCAGUGUAUUUUUUGGAUGCAUAGGGAGACUGCCAAAGGGAGAGAGAAAUAGGAAAUCCCUCUUAUGUGAGUGGUUUGCUGCAACUGAGCCAGAACGUUUCGUUUGUGGAUGUUCACAAGUUCAGGUGAAAUUCGUCAACUGAUGAGAUCAAGUGAUGCACAUUCAUCUGUGGAAUUAGCCCUCUGUUUGUAGUACUGUACUUUAAACAAAUAAAAAUUGCUCAGUUCAGAUAAUCAGCACAAAACCUUUUCUCCAGGAUGUAAAAGACAAUUCCCAUCUAUGUCGCAUUUGGCCUCAAAGCAAACGGGGGGGGGGGGGGGAUGGUCAGGCAAAUUCUCCUAAUAUUAUUUGCAAAAAAUAAAAAUCUAACAUUUCCUUUAUUUUUCAACAUUAUAAAUACAAGUCCAAAUUAAAAGCAAACUAAAUGUUUGCCAUUCAAAAACUGGUAUACCUCAUGUUGCGUCUGCUUCAGGUUACGUCUUUUCAAGUUGCAUCCUGCGGCAACCCGGAAGUACCGGAAUGGUUACUUCCGGGUUUCACCGCUCGCAAAUGUGCAGAAGUGCUAAUUUGCACUGCGUGCAUGCACAGACGCAGCGCUUCUGGAUGUGAACGCUUCGAGUUGCGAACGUGCCUCCGGGAUGGAUUACGUCCACAACUCAAGGUUCCACUGUACAGAUCACGGAACUUUGCUGUGUUCUGAAUUUGUUGUCAUUUUCUUUCAGAUCUACCCCAUGACAGCAGAGUAAGAUCUAGAUCUGAACGGCUACACAGCUAGCACUGUACUUCUGUUUCUCUUGCUGCAUUCCCUCAUUUCAUAUUUUGGCAAACUGAGACCAAUUUUAAAAUCGGGAUCUGCAACUGAAAAGAGGGCAGAGGCAGUGAACUUUUAUUCUAGUUGGACGCAAGCCCUUGGGAUCACCUAGUGUGUCUCUUUGAAUACUGGCUAAAGAUCAUGCAUUGAUAUCAAUAGUAGCGUUUUUGUUUUGGUACUUAAGAUGAUCAGUCAAGCCCCAAGCAUGAAAAGCAAGGGCAAUAUAUUAUUGGGAAAGUUUUGCCCUUGGCCAGAUAAUCUCGUUUAUUUGUCUUUCCCCAUAGCAUGUAGAACAAUUUCUAUAAUUAAGCCAGCUGGGUUUUAUUAAACAUUUUCCUGGUCCGACAGGCACCUCUGGCAUGAUUCACCUUGAUCCCUGAUGUCUUAUGUGUGCAGCACACUGUAAACGGAAUUAUUGUAGGCUAUAUAUUAUGGGCUACUUGUAUUACUCCAAUUAGCAAUCCUAUUCUUAGGACUGUGGCUCUUGUCUCAGUGCAGGGGAGGUUCAGCUUAUGACUUCCAGGCGAUUAUUGAACACUAAUGCUUCAGAAUUAUAUGAAUUUCACAAAACAAUUGAACAUGCAAGAUUCUUGUUAACUAGGGGAAAAAAAACCCCUAAGAGCUCAGUGCUAUAGUUUGCCUUGUCUAAGAUUGCAAAGAACAAAAGGCUUGUGCUUUUAUAGCUAAGUUUCUCCUAAAUAGGAAUUGGCAGAAACACCUCCUAUUGGUUCCCCUACCGCCAUUAUGGUUGGGUUUCUGUUGAAAUUCCACAGAUCAUGACAGUAUCUGUUGGGCCUCCAAGAAUUCUUCAUCCUGGCUUCUGUGCACCCAUCAAUGCUGCUUUUCAGCAUUGGGCGAACCCCCAUCUCAACCACUGAUUUCUUUAUUAGGUGGAAUUAAACAAUCCCAACCCUGGAAAAUGAAAUUUCCUCUGAAUUUCCAUUCCACAUCUGAAUGGAAAAUGAAAUUUCCUAUGCAAUUCUGUCUCCUGCCAGGAACCUCUGACUUAAUUUCCUAUUUAUUACAAGAAAGGUGAUGUAACAAAAUUUGUUACCAUUCUCCUGAUACUUUCAGCAUCGUUUUGUCUGCUACACUGGCAUGCAGAGGCAAGCACAAGGGAUCAAUACCGGUGUUGCAACAUCGAUGGCUCCUCAUUGUAUGACUGGAUCGUUACUCCUGAGUUUGCCUAUUCUGCUAGCAGAUAAUGUCAGCUUUGGACUGGGCUAAAAAGGUGCUUUUAAAAAAAAAUCAUUUUUGUGCACCAAAUGGGAGAGGCCCAGGGUCAUUAUAGAAUGGAUGCUAACUAUGCAAUAUUUUUUAUGAUGCAGUCUUGGCACAUAGUCACCAUUUAUCUUCCUCUGCUUUAAUUUAUCUGAUAAUUAUUGCCUCACAAGGCAAAGUUGGUAGUGUGAGAAAGCACCCUAAACUAACAAUGCUACACACCUUAAUGCAGUAGCCAUCAUAAAAAAAAAACCCUUCCAGGUAGAUUCAGAUGACCAGGAGCCUUGCAAUAGACAGUGAAGUGCUUACCCUUUGUGAAAUGGUGAUAAUGCUAGGCAAAACCAUAAACCAUGCUUUCGUAGUUACAGGCAGUGGUAGCUAACAUAGUGCUCUUCUGACAAUUUUUGACUACAACAGGCAUCCCCAAACUCGGCCCUUCAGCUGUUUUGGGACUACAACUCCCGUCAGCCCUAGCUAACAGGACUAGUGGUCAGGGAUGAUGGGAAUUGUAGUCCCAAAACAGCUGGAAGGCCGAGUUUGGGGAUGCCUGGACUACAAUUUUCCCCAUCCCGGCCAGCAUGGCUAAUGAUCAGGGGUGAUGAAAGUUGUAGCCCAACAUCAUCUUGAGAACACUACACUGGCUACCGUUGUUAAAGUCAAACACUUCUCCCAGGAUUUUAGAUGCUACACAUUAAGUUUCUAAGCAGUUACUGAGAGGCUCUCAGUUGUCUAAAUCCAACUUUAUUCUAACUUGUUCUUCGGAGCCAUGUACAAGUUAUGGAAAGAAUAAUAAUCUAUUUAAGUGCAGCCUUUUCCAAACUGGUGCCCUCCACUAAUAAUAAUAAUAAUAAUAAUUUUAUUAUUUGUACCCCACCCAUCUGGCUGUGUUUCCCCAGCCAAUCCGGGCGGCUUCCACAAAGACCAAAAAUACACUAAGAUGUCACACAUUAAAGAUGUCUUCUUAAUGUCAGGUAGUUGUUUAUCUCUUUGACAUCUGAGGGAAGGGCGUUCCACAGGGCAGGCACAACUACAUAUUUUGGACUACAACUACCAUAAGCCCCAGGCAGCAUGGCCAAUAGUCAGGGAUGGUGGAAGAUGUAGUCAAAAGCACUACAAUCCCCAGUAGGGGAUUGGUGAUUUAGGCAAGAUGAAGCAAUCAGCAUAAUAAAUCAAGAAAAUAUCUCUCUUUUUGAACUUUACUUCACUCUUAGAGCUUAUUUCAUAUUAUUCAAGCUGUCAGUAGAGGAUGAGACUCUUAAUCUCCCAGGGUUGUGGGUUUGAGCCCCACAUUGGAUGAAAGAUUCCUGCAUUGCAGGGGGUUGGACUAGAUGACCCUCGUGGCCCCUUCCCACUCUACAGUUCUAUGAUUCUAAGCACCUAUCACUCUUACAUUCUUUGGGUUUUUAUGCACUGUGUCUAAAAUGGAAACCUGUCCUUAUUUUGCACACAUUAAGCCCAUUGCACUUUUUUUUGUUUAAUAUAAAGCAUGGGUUCAGGGAUCUCUGUAGCUCUCCCUCCCAAAGAAGUGGAGGAAACUGUUAAAAGUAAACAAUAAAGUUAGGAGAUUAAGGCUAAAAGUAUUGGUGUUCAUUAUUCCUAAUACUGAUAGCCUGAAUCUAACAAAGAAACAUGCACUUUAACUGUCUGAACGAAACAUCACAGUUUACAUCAGGAGAGUAAAAAGGUACUGGGCACGAUUCAGCCAACAUGAAACAUUUAUAAUUUCCAUUGAUGGAAAUAGAAGCCAUCUAAGGUCUUACUUAAAUUUUAAGAAAGCGGCUGCUCCAAAUUGUCCUUUAUGUGCACUUCUGCAUAGUUCCCCACCUACAGGGGGUGGGGAAAGGGAAGGAGGCUUGGCAGCAGAUUGGGAAAAUUGCAAUGGGCAGAUGGAUCAUGCCUUGUUUAACUUUGGCUGGAUUGUGCCCAUUAUAAACAAAUGUAUAACCUGCCCUGUUAGUAACCCACUUGGAUGUUUUAUCUACUACUUAACGCUUAAGAAAUAUAGGAGAAUAACACCCCAUUUACACUCCCCGCCCAUAAUAUACAGUAUAAAUAUAGUAAGAACCAUGCCAUAAAACUAUAUGCAAAAUUUGCACACUAUUAUUGCAUGCUUGUGGUGAUAUUACAUGCCGAUUAAUAUUAGCUUGUUAGCUUUCAUAUGGUCCUAUACUGAAGUUCAUGUAUUUUAUUGUAUAAUUCAACAAGAGUCCUUAAUUUGGGGGAAUACAGUUGUCCUAGAGUGCAUGUAACUCUUAAGGAAAACCAGUCAUCAAAUGCAAUUUUCAACGUGUUUGCUUUCCUGCUCAAUUGGAUUGAAUGGCAAUUCAAACUUGAAAUAAUACCUAAUAUGUCUGUUCAUGUUAUGUAAACCGAUCAGAAUUCAUUUUCCUCAGUUUUGGGGGGAGGUUUCCUUCCAUUCUACCUCCUCCUCCUCCUCCUCCGGAUAAUCUUUGAAGUUUCGGUGGCAAGUCUGCCAUAGACUGGCUCAUAGGAUCUGACAACAUUUUUGUGGUUUUAGAUACCAGUUUCUCUUCUGAGUUGCCAGGGACAGAACUUAUUCGCUGGAGUUUCAAAGGUAGGUCCCCCAUGCUGUAGGCUUUUUCCGAAGUGGUAGAACUCAUCCUCAGCAGUUUUUUAGGAAAGUCAUCCCUUCCAGUCAUUUUCUGCAGUUUUGACGGUAGCUUUGUACCAAUGUCAUCUAUGCCAUCUAGACAUUCUACAGAAUUAUUUCUUUCUUUACUGUUACUUACAGCUGGUGCUAUUAAUGGGGAGGACAUAAGGAGCAUUUCUUCCUGUUCUUUCACACU